AUGAGUUUGCUUCGAAAGAGAACAGAAAAAUUAGUUGGGAGGCAAAUUCUGCCCUUUUCAUUAGUUCUGGAAACUAAGGUUAACACAUUUUUCUCCUUAUUACAGAUUUGGGAUACUGCUGGGCAAGAAAGGUUUCAAAGUCUUGGUGUGGCUUUCUAUCGUGGUAUAGAUUGUUGUGUGCUUGUGUAUGAUGUGAAUGUCAUGAAAUCAUUUGAUAAUCUAAACAACUGGAGAGAAGAAUUUCUGAUUCAGGCUAGUCCAUCCGAUCCCGAGAACUUUCCAUUCGUUGUGUUGGGGAACAAGAUUGAUGUUGAUGGUGGAAAUAGUCGAGUGGUUUCUGAAAAGAAAGUGAAGGCCUGGUGUGCUUCCAAGGGAAACAUACCAUACUUUGAGACCUCUGCAAAAGAAGGCUUUAACGUGGAUGAUGACUUCCAAUGUAUAGCGAAAAACGCACUGAAGAAUGAACCUGAAGAAGAAAUGUAA